AUGAAAUUAUUACCAGGAUUCUUGAAACAUUGUACGAGCACAGUGACAAUCCGAGAGGUUGCAUGCUAUGACCAGGUGAACACAUCUGAGACUUAUGCCAAGCUUCCUAAUUUACAAUAUAUGUAUCUCUCAAACAAUCAAAUUUCUGGUUGUAUUCCAGAAAAUAUUGGAGAAGUCGUGCCAAAUCUAUCGAUCUUGGAUCUCUCAAAUAACAGUAUUUCAGGAUUUAUUCCCAACUCCAUAGGGAAUAUGAAGGUUUUGGAGGCUCUUGAUCUUUCUAGAAAUAAAUUGAUGGGACCUAUUCCCACUUCCAUGGGAAACUUGAAAAAUUUGAGGACAUUAGUGUUGAGAGGCAAUACAUUAUCAGAGCAGAUCCCAUCAUCAUUAAAAAAUUGUACCAAGCUAGAGGUUUUGGAUCUUGGUGACAAUCAAUUAGCGGGAAAUUUACCAUCAUGGAUUGGCCAAAGUCUUACCUCACUUCGUGUUCUCUCUCUGAGAUCUAAUAAGCUUAUUGGGGCCAUUCCUAAGACUAUGUCAAGUCUAUACUCGCUUCAAGUUUUCGAUGCUGCUGAAAAUUGCCUCUCAGGCACUAUCCCUGACAUUUUCACAAACUUCACAGCAAUGAAAGUUACAGAGAAGAUGGCUGAUUACAAUUACGAUCGCAAGCACAACUUCUAUUAUAGGGUGAGCAUUGAUAUAGUGGCAAAAGGGUCAAUGAUGGAUUACACCGAAUUUCUCUCUCUUGUGACAUGCAUAGAUCUUUCGAGAAAUAAUUUCUCGGGAAGAAUUCCAGAAUCAUUGACAAAAUUGAUAGGCUUGCGCGUGUUAAACCUAUCUGGAAACGACAUGAUUGGGAAGAUUCCUCAAGAGAUUAAUCAAUUGCAAGAGCUAGAAUCGAUGGACCUCUCGAACAAUCUAUUCUCUGGUGGCAUUCCUCUAAGCAUGUCAUCUAUGAAUUAUUUGGGCACAUUGAACUUGUCCUACAACAAUUUGUCAGGUCCAAUUCCUUUUGCGGGCCACAUGAGCACAUUCGAUGAUGCCUCAACGUACUAUGGAAACGAAAAUCUUUGUGGUCCUCCUCUUCCUACGAAGUGUGAUAGUCCAAUAUCUAACAAUGUUGGGGAUUUGAGAACCGGGUCACCAGAGGUCCGGCAAUUUUGGAUUAGUGCGGGCUUGGGCUUUGGGAUUGGAUUUGGAGGAUGGUAUUCAGUUCUGGCCAUUAAAAGGAAAUGGAACAAUGCAAUUCUCAAAGUCAUGGACUUCAUCGCUGAGAUUUUGAUCACGCGAUUGCAACAUUUAUUUCCCAGAAGAAAUAGGUGA